ACACAACAAACAGGUAGGAGUGGCGAGUUCUGACUGACUGCAUGGUAUGGGAAGAGUAAUGCAGCCAAAACAUUGACAGACGAGUCACACAGGGUGGUGGCAGUGACAGGAGAAGCUACUCCUGAUGUCACUGAGGCUACAGUCAGAUCACAGGGUGUAUGGAGUGCUAUGGCUACAGAUUUGGGUUGGACGUCAGGACACACUUCCUCCACAGACAUCACCAUUAUCUCCAUCCUCUUCCUCGUUGUCUACAUCACACUCUACGCCCUCUGCACCACCUGUUUCAGAAAGACCCCCGAGUGUCCAGAGGAGAAAGAAAAACCUUCAUCUCUCUCACUAAGCGUGAAUCGAGAAGAUCAGCGGAGCAGAAACAGAACCACAAGCAAUGUGGAUGUUCUGAGCUCCACAGCACACAGCGAUGUGCCACAGGUUCCUGCUGGACCUCACCACCAGGACCACAACGUUGUGUACAACCAACAAACAAAUAUUAAUUCCCAUAACCGAGCUAAAUCAGACAGUUAUUUCAGACAGGAAACGACUCCCAGAAUUCCAGACACCCCUGAAUUCUCACUCAGAUCCACAGGUUCAGCGUCUCCAGAACUUCCUGGUCUUCCACCAAUUCCAUCAAUCUUCAACACAGUUCAGCUAGAACCUCGAAUGGUUUCUCUUUCGUCUUUCUCUUCUUCUUCAGGACAACAAGACAAAACAGUGUGGGAGUGUGUGACACCUCCACCUGAAGAUAUCAGCAGUGUGUUUACUGAGACAGUCAGUGAGGAGCAUCCAUAUGAAUGUAUAGACAAUUUAAGAGUCAGUGGACCUUCAUCACCCUCGUUCUGUGAUGAAGCUGAUGAGGAGCAAUGGGAGAGCGAGAGUCCUUACCACAUGGUGACGGAAUGGACAGAGACGGCCGAUGAUUACGACUUAUCUACGCUCCUUUCUGGGACAGACAGCGAAAAUGAGCUGAAGUUUAUUUUCCCGCCUCUCCCAGCUGUCCCGGAUGAAAAAAUAAACACAAACAGAACUGCCCUCUACGCAGAGGUGAACUGGAAAAACAAAAGUCGGAGGAGCACUGAAGAAGCUCCUGUUGAACAAGACACAGUGGUGCCGGAUGAGGAAGAAGCGCCGCCGCCUGUUCCGGAAAAAAUAUUUGACUAACAAAUAUAAAUGGGACUAAUGUUAAUAUAUGUUAAUG